AUGAGAGUCACUACAUUUGCAUCAGUCUUAUCCUUAUCUGCUUCUGCCUUGGCUGCAGUAAGACCAGUUCAAUUAUUUGCUUCUUCAGACAAUGAAGAAGUUAACGGAAAGGGAUUAUACUCAACCCACGAAGGUGCAGGUGUGAACUAUUUCUUCUUGGGUUCUGCUCAAACUUUACAAUACAAUGAUGAAUCAAGAGUCUUGUAUAUUGAAUUGUCUACCCAACCACCAGCAAGCCAAUACUUGGCUUUCGAAGGUGAUGUAUUGGCUUUAACUGUUGCAUCCGAACCAUUACCAGUUGAUAUUGGUGAAGAUGGAUCAGUUGUUUUCCCAGGAUCAGAUGCUCUUGCUGCCGCCAAGAACAUUAACGACCCAUACAGAUACUCUGAAUCAGUUUUCGCUGUUGUCAAAGCUUCAGUUGAAGGUUCCACCCCAUUGACCCUUAAAGCUGUCUUCACUGAUGUUGAUGAAGAAGUAGAACCAUCUUCUACUACCGAAGAAGCUGUUGCUGAAGAAACUUCUUCAUUUGCUUACAUCAACGAAACCGUCACCAUUUACACUACUUACUGCCCAGAACCAACCACUUUGACUGUAACUGUUUGUGAUACUGUUUGUGAAGAGUCAGAAAUUACUGUUUCAGAACCUGGUUACGUUACCCUUACAAACGCUGGAACCGAAGCUGAAGCCACUACUGCUGCUCCAACUGAAGCAUCAUCUGCUGAAGAAGAAUCACCAGCUACUGCUGCUCCAGAAGAAUCAUCUGUUCAAUCCGUUUUCGAAGGUUCUGCUUCCAACUUGGGCGCUGGUUCAGUCUUGGCUGUUGCCGCUGUCGCCUUCGGUUUAGUCUUUUAA